GAGAAAAGCAGAGAGAAGUAUGACAUCCUGCUCUUUAUCUGAAGAUCUGACAUGUUCAGUCUGUCAAAAUAUCUUCACGGAUCCAGUGAUCCUUUCCUGUGGACAUUCUUUCUGCAGAGAAUGCAUCACACUUUCUCUGAAAUCACUGAAUCAGUGUCCACAGUGUAGGACGACUGUUCCUACAGACCGGAUGGAUUUCACAACUAAUCACAUCUUAAAAAGUCUUUCUGAAAAAGCAAAACAAGACAAGGAAUCUGGGAAACACUCUGAGGCUCCUGUGGGGUUUUGCUCUGAACACGACGAAAGGCUGAAGCUGUUCUGCGUCACCGAUCAGCAGCUAACGUGUAUCAUAUGCAGGGAUUGUGAAAAACAUGAAGGACACAAGUUUAAACCAAUCAAAGAAGCUGCUGCGUCGAUCAGAAAGGAGGUAGAGGCAUUUUUGGGAAAAGAUUUCCAUGAUUUCAGCAAGAUAGAAAAUCUUGCCAAGUCACAGAAUGAAGAAAUAAGAAAAACCAAAGAAAAGUCUCAGCAGCUGAGGACCCAGAUCAGUGGUCAGUUCCAGGAGAUGCACCAGUUCCUGAGAAGGAGAGAAGAUGAAAUAAUGAAUGAACUAAAUCAAAAAGAGGCUGAUGAGCUUAAGGAGAUGAGGGACGGGUUGGAGCUGGGGGAAAAGAUGAAAGCUAUACUGGAGAUUACAGAGCCUGAGAUUUUACUGAAGUGUUGGUCAGAGGACAACAGUAUGAAAACUAAAAAUCCCUUAAAUCUCCAGUUGGUGAAUUCGUCUCUGUCAGUAGGACUCUAUGAGAGCCACCUUCAGCUCUUUAUGUGGAAAGAAAUGCUUCAGGUGAUCCAGCCUAAAGCAAAGAAGCUUUCAUUCAAGAGAGAAGAUCCACCUGUUUGGGUACAACAAGGCUGUAGCUACAAUCAGCCACUUUUUGGACAAAGCUAUUCUCUAUGUACCUGUCAUUAUAACUUUAAUAACUUACUGUCUCAAUACCAGAAAUACUGUAACCCAGGUCAAAACUAUGACUAUGACCUUACAAUAGAUCAGAUAGAGCCAGGGCCAAAUUACUGGNUUUUGGGAAAAGAUUUCCAUGAUUUCAGCAAGAUAGAAAAUCUUGCCAAGUCACAGAAUGAAGAAAUAAGAAAAACCAAAGAAAAGUCUCAGCAGCUGAGGACCCAGAUCAGUGGUCAGUUCCAGGAGAUGCACCAGUUCCUGAGAAGGAGAGAAGAUGAAAUAAUGAAUGAACUAAAUCAAAAAGAGGCUGAUGAGCUUAAGGAGAUGAGGGACGGGUUGGAGCUGGGGGAAAAGAUGAAAGCUAUACUGGAGAUUACAGAGCCUGAGAUUUUACUGAAGUGUUGGUCAGAGGACAACAGUAUGAAAACUAAAAAUCCCUUAAAUCUCCAGUUGGUGAAUUCGUCUCUGUCAGUAGGACUCUAUGAGAGCCACCUUCAGCUCUUUAUGUGGAAAGAAAUGCUUCAGGUGAUCCAGCCUAAAGCAAAGAAGCUUUCAUUCAAGAGAGAAGAUCCACCUGUUUGGGUACAACAAGGCUGUAGCUACAAUCAGCCACUUUUUGGACAAAGCUAUUCUCUAUGUACCUGUCAUUAUAACUUUAAUAACUUACUGUCUCAAUACCAGAAAUACUGUAACCCAGGUCAAAACUAUGACUAUGACCUUACAAUAGAUCAGAUAGAGCCAGGGCCAAAUUACUGGAAGAUAGACGUUAAGGAUAAGAAAAGUUGGACAGUAUAUAUACAGGAUCAUUCUUUGACAUUUAAAAAUAACCGAUACACCAAAACAACUAAUAAUGGAACGGAGCACCUGGACUUUAAAAAUAGACCUGAAACAAUUGGCAUUUAUUUUAACAGCAUCACCAAUCAGCUUCAGUUCUUUGAUGAAAACAAUAUGAAACACUUUUAAGGCAUUAACAGCCGUGCUAGAGUAGGAUAAAAUCUCCUCAUGCAAGAGCCUUACCACCAAAAGCAAACAUUCAAACAAUAUUGUGUCCUCUAAUGGUGACAAAGGAAGUGGUUUAGGGGUCAGUUGUAGUUUCACAUAGAGCCAGGCUGGUUUGGAGAGAUUGUUUUUCAUUAAAGAGCGAAAUCAUGUAAAAUGCAUUAUAUGUAAAUAAAGCUUCAAUUUUCCUAUUAAUGUUUGUGUUGAUGUUCUGAGACUGAC